ACUAUAUAUAAUAUAAACAUCUUGAAGACCUCCUUGAAGUAGAAUUAAGAAUUUUGUAUCUAAAUAUUAACUGUUGAUCUGUUAUAAUGGAACGCAUUCCCUCUCGGAUUUCAGCUUCUGCUCUCUUGUUUGUUUUGGCAUUAUCUAACUUGUCAGGAGUUUAUGGAAAUUCUGAAGUUGAUGCUUUGUACGCCUUUAAGACACAGUUAAGUGAUCCUAACAAUGUCCUCGCAAGUUGGAAUCAGACCCUCGUCAAUCCGUGUACAUGGUUUCAUGUAACUUGCAACAAUGAAAACAGUGUUACUCGAGUUGAUCUUGGGAAUGCAAACUUGAGCGGUCACCUGGUUUCGCAGCUUGGUCAGCUUUCCAAUUUACAAUACUUGGAGCUUUAUGAUAAUAACUUUUACGGAAUAAUUCCUAAAGCCCUUGGGAACUUAACGAAUUUGGUUAGCUUGGAUCUUUACCAGAACCGGUUGACAGGUCACAUUCCAAAAACAUUGGGCAAGCUUCAGAAACUUCGCUUCCUUCGUCUCAACAACAACAUUUUGACAGGAACUAUUCCAUAUUCAUUAACUUCCAUAACUACAUUACAAGUUCUUGAUUUAUCAAGUAACCAUUUGAGAGGAUAUGUUCCCAUCAACGGCUCCUUUUCACAGUUCACGCCAAUGAGUUUUGCCAAUAAUCCAAAGUUAAUAUUACCUGCCAUUGUUCCACAAGCUCCAGCUCCAGCUCCAACUUCACUACACGCAUAAUCUCCUUCAGGUGAUAAAUCAAAGAAUCGGGCGCCUUAUUGGGAACAUGGUCGCUGGAUUUUCUCACAAACUUGUGUUCUUGAUCUUCACUUAUAUUAAUAUGUUUCUUAUGUUUAACAUUAAACAAGUCCUUAAAUCAAAAUCAGCUGGUUCUAUGUAAACCUUCACUUCAAUCUCCUUGCAACUCGGGACCAUCUAUUUGAUAUCUUAAUAUAGAUCAAUUUAUUCUAA